AUGGAAAGUACCCUGUACAUCAUCUUCACUAUAGUCAUCGUUGCAGAGUUUGUUUUUGGAAAUCUGAGCAAUGGAUUCAUUGUGCUGACAAACUGCAUUGACUGGGUCAGGAAGAGAAUGCUUUCCUCCGUUGGCUGGAUCCUGCUUUCGUUGGCCAUUUCCAGAGUGGUUUUGAUCUGGGAAAUGUUACUAACAUGGCUAAAAUAUAUGCAGUAUUCAUUUGCAUUUGUUGCUGGAACAGAAUUAAGAGUUAUUAUGUUGUCCUGGGUAGUUUCCAAUCACUUCAGUCUCUGGCUUGCCACCAUCCUCAGCAUGUUUUAUUUGCUCAAAAUAGCCAGUUUCUCCAGGCCUGUUUUUCUUUAUCUGAAGUGGAGAAUAAAGAAAGUGCUUCUGACCAUCCUUCUGGGAAAUGUGAUCUUCUUGCUUUUCAACAUAAUGCAAAUAAACAAACAUACAGAGGAGUGGAUGCAUCAGUAUGAGAGAAACACAACCUGGAAUUUUAGAACAAGUUGUUUUUCAAGGGUUUCAAAGCUAAUAACAUUCAACAUGAUUAUGUUCUCUUUAACACCAAUUGUUGUGUCCCUGGUCUCCUUCAUCCUGUUAAUUCUCUCCCUUUGGAAACAUCUCCAGAAGAUGCAGCUAAAUUUCAGAGGGGAACAAGACUCCAGCACAAAAGCCCACAUGAAUGCCAUGAAAAUUAUGGUCUCCUUCCUUUUACUCUAUGCCUCUUAUUUCAUAUCCUUUUUUAUAUCAUUUAUUCCUAUGGCACACGAAAAAGGACUAGAUCACUUGCUUAGCCUGACUGUUGGGCUUUUCUACCCUUCGUGCCACUCAUUUAUCUUGAUUUUGGGACAUGCUAAUUUAAGGCAGGCCUGUCUUUUGGUGCUCAGGCAGCUGAGAUGUGAGAAAAAGCAUUAG